AUGGGUGUUCAUGAUAAUGCUGAUUCCAAAUACAAUGUGAUAAAUGGUAUAAGUUUUUUGAAACUUACACUAAAAAAACCAACCGUUGUAAAUUUUGGCGAAAUGUCGAAUAAUAAAAUAACUGAAAAAGAAACAAAUAAAAAAAAUAAGCUUAUAAAUGACAAGAAUACGUUAAAUUUACAACAACAACGAAAAUCUCUUCCUGUUUAUAAGUUACGCAAACGAUUGUUGGAAGAAAUUCGUAAUUACAAUAGUUUGAUUAUUAUUGGUGAAACGGGAAGUGGGAAAACAACGCAGAUACCUCAACUUUUAUUGCAUAGUGGUAUUGCCGGUUCAUCUGGAUGUAUUGGAAUUACUCAACCGCGUCGAGUAGCGGCUGUUAGCGUAGCACGUCGAGUCGCUCAAGAACAAUCUGUUGAACUAGGAAAUCUCGUUGGAUACUGCGUACGUUUUGAUGAUGUAACUAGUUCACAAACAAGAAUUAAAUUUUUAACAGACGGUAUGAUGGUUCGAGAAGCAAUGACCGAUGAGAAUCUAUCAGAGUACUCAGUUGUAAUUCUUGACGAAGUACACGAACGAUCUGUAUCAACUGAUGUUCUUCUUGGAGUUGCUCGGCGAGCCCAGAAUAUCCGAAAGCACAAGAAUUUACCUCCGUUAAAACUUAUAAUUAUGUCCGCUACAAUGGAUGUCGAUAAAUUUGCCAAUUAUUACCAAGCUCCAGUGGUUUACCUCGAAGGCCGUCAACAUCCUGUUCAAAUAUAUCAUGCAAUAAAGUCCCAAGAUGAUUAUGCAUUUUCGGCAUUAGUGACGGCUUUUCAAAUUCAUCGUGAAGCACCAGCAAAUGAAGACAUUUUAAUAUUUUUAACCGGUCAGGAAGAAAUAGAAGCCGCUGCAGCUACAGCUAGGCAAGUUGCAAAACAAUUAGAUGGUAAAGGGUAUCCAAAUCUCAAAGUAUUUCCACUUUAUUCGGCACUUCCAACUUUUCAACAAUUAGAAGCAUUCAAGAGUUCGGCAAUCGGAAUGCGAAAAUUAGUUUUAUCGACUAACGUCGCUGAAACUUCGGUCACUAUCUCAGGUAUUCGGCAUAUUAUCGACACGGGUGUAGUAAAAGUAAGAACUCAUCACCCGACUACAGGAUUAGAUAUACUUAAAAUAGAAAAAGUUUCGAAAGCACAAGCAUGGCAGCGCACAGGCCGAGCUGCUCGCGAAUGUCCUGGUAAGUGCUAUCGGACUUAUACAAAAGACGAAUUUUCAAAAAUGAGAGAAAUGCCAAUACCCGAAAUUCAGAAAUGUUCAUUAGUUGGAGUUGCUUUACAACUAUUGGCAAUUGGAAUUGAUAUAACAACAUUUGAAUUUAUGGAUAAACCACCUAAAGAAUCAAUUGAUGUUGCUGUAUCUUGUUUAGAAAAACUUGGAGCUGUUAAAGGGAAUCCUCCACAAUUAACAACGCUUGGAAGAACAAUGUCUCUCUUUCCACUAGAUCCACGUUUUACUAAAGUUCUUCUUGCAUCUGUCGAACAUCAAUGUCUUCAUGAAGCACUUACUGUAAUCGCAAUUCUUUCUGGUGAAUCUAUAUUUACAGAGCCUCCAACGAAACGUGAACAAGCUUUGGCUGCUCGUUUAAAGUUUAUUUCCCCUGAAGGUGAUCAUGUAACAUUGCUUAAUGUUUUUAAAAACUAUACCUCCUUGAAUGACAAUAAAAAAAAACUCUGGUGUUUUGAUAAUUUUAUGCACCACCGAAAUCUAGAAUAUGCCACUGAAAUAAGAGCACAAUUAGCUCGAUUGACAGAAAGAGCGAAUUUAGAACAAUCAAGCUGUGGAUCUAAUACUGAACGUUUAAGAAAAGCUCUUUUAGAAGGUCUCAGUGGAAAUUUAGCCGAAUUACAAAGAGACAAUACUUAUAUGAUUCUCUCCUCAAGACAACCUGUGACAAUACAUCCCUCAUCGACACUUUAUGCUUCAAAACCUUCAUUAGUUUUAUUCACAGAAGUCGUAGCAACAGGACGAUGCUAUAUCCGCAGUCUUUCUGUAAUCGAAUCAUCUUGGAUUCACGAAAAAUAA